ACAGUCAGCCCCUGGGCAGCGAGUUCUCACCGGAGGGACCUGCAACCGCCCACUCCACCGUCGCCUGCAGCGGCGGGAGCGCACGGCCCCGCCGAACCGCCCGCUGCUUCCCGGUCCCCGGGGAUCCUCGCCUAGGAGAGAGGCGCGGCAGCGGGCACGGGGUGUUACGGAGUUGGGUGCAAGAUUCGCCUUUUCGGCUCGCCUCUUCUCCUCCCGGGAUUUAUUGUCUGUGGAGCCUUCUGGGGUGGGGAGGGAGCUGCGCCUCCGCCACCGCCGCUGCCGCCUCUGCUGCUGCGGUCGCUUGCGCGGCGCGCAAGGCAGGCGGAAGCUGGGGAGUGGAUGCGCUCCUGCCUCCCCCGCCAGCGCUUCGGGCUUCCCCUCGGCCGCUUCCCGCGGAAACCUCUCCAGCUGUCCACCUGAAGGGCACCAGCAUCAUGGUCUAACGUGGCAGCUGCCUGGAAUCCCCUCUUUCUCCUUCUCUUCUCCUGCUUCACCCCUCCUCUCCUCCGAGGACCUCGUGCCCACUCCACUGCGGACCCCCGGACACUUUAAGGAAUAACCCUCGGCAGCUGCACGAUUCACUUUCUCCGGAACCUCAUGGGCAGUUUCUCCCGCCGGCGAUGAUGGAGAACUUAAUACGGGGAAGGAAUCCCCCACAAUAUCAGAGAAGUCCUUGUAAAGAAGUUCGUGCAGCACUUCGGAAGAGGCCUGAAGAGGAGUUGCAGUGCCUGGAGAUGACCACCAAGCGGAAAAUCAUUGGCCGUCUGGUGCCAUGCCGAUGUUUCCGAGGUGAAGAAGAAAUCAUCUCAGUUUUGGAUUACUCCCACUGCAGCCUUCAGCAGGUGCCAAAGGAGGUUUUUAACUUUGAACGGACAUUGGAGGAGCUUUACCUAGAUGCCAAUCAAAUUGAAGAGCUACCAAAGCAAUUGUUCAACUGUCAAGCUCUAAAAAAGCUAAGUAUUCCUGACAACGACCUUUCAAAUCUGCCAACCACUAUCGCUAGUUUAGUAAACCUUAAAGAACUCGACAUCAGUAAAAAUGGUGUACAAGAAUUUCCAGAAAACAUAAAGUGCUGUAAGUGUUUAACAAUUAUUGAAGCCAGUGUCAAUCCCAUUUCUAAACUCCCUGAUGGUUUCACGCAGCUUCUGAAUCUGACCCAGCUCUACCUGAAUGAUGCCUUUCUUGAAUUUCUUCCAGCCAAUUUUGGAAGACUUGCCAAAUUGCGGAUAUUGGAGUUAAGAGAAAAUCACUUGAAAACUCUACCAAAGUCAAUGCACAAACUGGCCCAGUUGGAAAGACUUGAUCUAGGCAAUAAUGAAUUCAGUGAGCUGCCUGAAGUUCUGGAUCAAAUACAAAAUUUAAGGGAGUUGUGGAUGGAUAAUAAUGCAUUGCAAGUGCUGCCUGGGUCUAUAGGGAAGUUAAAGAUGUUGGUAUACCUGGAUAUGUCAAAAAACAGAAUAGAAACCGUUGACAUGGACAUUUCUGGAUGUGAAGCCCUGGAGGACCUCUUACUGUCAUCCAAUAUGUUACAACAGUUGCCUGACUCUAUAGGAUUGUUGAAAAAACUAACUACUCUAAAAGUAGAUGACAAUCAACUUACGAUGCUACCCAAUACAAUCGGAAAUUUAUCUUUAUUAGAAGAAUUUGACUGUAGCUGUAAUGAACUGGAGUCUCUACCUUCUACUAUUGGCUACCUUCACAGUCUUCGAACAUUAGCAGUCGAUGAGAACUUCCUUCCAGAAUUGCCCAGAGAAAUUGGAAGCUGUAAGAAUGUAACGGUCAUGUCUCUACGCUCCAAUAAACUGGAAUUUCUUCCUGAAGAGAUUGGACAGAUGCAGAAACUAAGAGUCUUAAAUCUGAGUGACAACAGAUUGAAGAAUUUACCAUUCUCAUUUACCAAACUGAAGGAGCUUGCAGCUUUGUGGCUUUCUGACAAUCAGUCCAAAGCCCUUAUCCCUUUACAAACUGAAGCCCAUCCAGAAACAAAGCAAAGAGUAUUGACUAACUACAUGUUUCCCCAGCAACCUCGUGGUGAUGAAGAUUUCCAGUCAGACAGUGACAGCUUUAACCCUACACUAUGGGAAGAACAGAGACAACAACGCAUGACUGUUGCCUUUGAAUUUGAAGAAAAAAAGGAAGAUGACGAAAAUGCUGGGAAAGUUAAGGAUCACUCCUGCCAAGCCCCCUGGGAAAGGGGCCAGCGUGGGAUUACUCUCCAACCUGCCAGACUGUCUGGCGAUUGCUGCACACCAUGGGCCAGGUGUGAUCAGCAGAUCCAAGAAAUGCCCGUCCCCCAGAAUGACCCACAGCUGGCAUGGGGUUGUAUAAGUGGCCUCCAGCAGGAAAGGAGCCUGUGUUCUCCAUUGCCAGUAGCAGCACAAUCCACCACUCUUCCCUCUCUAAGUGGCAGACAGGUUGAAAUAAACCUAAAACGAUAUCCAACUCCUUAUCCAGAGGAUUUAAAGAAUAUGGUAAAAUCUGUUCAAAAUCUGGUGGGUAAACCAAGCCAUGGAGUGCGUGUUGAGAAUGCAAAUCCAACUGCUAACACGGAGCAAACUGUGAAAGAAAAAUAUGAACACAAGUGGCCCGUAGCCCCAAAGGAGAUUACAGUGGAGGAUUCUUUUGUUCAUCCAGCUAAUGAAAUGAGGAUUGGGGAACUUCACCCUUCAUUAGCUGAGACCCCUCUGUACCCACCCAAACUUGUUCUGCUAGGGAAGGACAAAAAAGAAUCAACUGAUGAGUCUGAAGUUGACAAAACUCACUGUCUGAAUAACAGUGUUUCCUCAGGCACUUACUCAGACUACUCACCUUCCCAGGCUUCCUCAGGAUCCUCUAACACCCGGGUUAAAGUGGGGUCCUUGCAGACAACAGCUAAAGAUGCAGUACAUAAUUCUUUGUGGGGUAACAGGAUUGCACAAUCUUUCCCACAGCCUCUUGAUGCAAAGCCAUUACUCAGCCAGCGGGAGGCUGUCCCCCCAGGGAACCUACCACAGCGUCCUGACCGGCUGCCAAUGAGUGACGCAUUCACAGACAACUGGACGGAUGGCUCCCAUUAUGAUAACACGGGGUUCGUUGCCGAGGAGACCGCAGGCGAGAAUGCCAACAAUAAUCCCCUCCUGAGUUCGAAAGCUAGAAGCACAUCUUCUCAUGGACGCAGGCCUUUGAUUAGGCAGGAUAGGAUUGUUGGUGUUCCCCUGGAACUUGAGCAGUCUACACACAGACACACACCAGAAACAGAAGUGCCUCCUUCCAAUCCUUGGCAGAAUUGGACCAGAACCCCUAGUCCUUUUGAAGACAGGACUGCUUUCCCUUCCAAAUUAGAGACAACCCCUACCACCAGCCCAUUGCCUGAAAGGAAAGAACAUAUAAAGGAAUCUACUGAAAUACCUAGUCCUUUUUCUCCAGGAGUACCAUGGGAGUAUCACGAUUCUAAUCCCAACAGGAGUCUCAGUAAUGUCUUUUCUCAAAUCCACUGCCGCCCAGACUCUUCUAAAGGUGUUAUUUCGAUUAGCAAAAGCACAGAGAGACUUUCCCCACUAAUGAAAGAUAUCAAGUCCAAUAAAUUCAAAAAGUCACAGAGUAUCGAUGAGAUUGACAUUGGUACAUACAAGGUUUAUAACAUACCAUUAGAAAACUAUGCUACUGGGAGUGAUCACUUAGGAAGUCAUGAACGACCUGACAAAAUGUUGGGAUCAGAGCAUGGUAUGUCCAGUAUGUCUCGAAGCCAGUCAGUCCCAAUGCUGGAUGAUGAGAUGCUCGCCUACGGAAGCAGUAAAGGGUCUCAACAACAGAAAGCGUCCAUGACCAAAAAAGUCUAUCAGUUUGACCAAAGCUUCAAUCCCCAAGGGGCGGUGGAAGUUAAAGCGGAAAAGAGGAUACCGCCCCCUUUUCAACACAAUUCUGAGUACGUGCAACAACCCGGGAAAAACAUCGCCAAGGAUUUGGUUAGUCCUCGAGCUUACCGAGGAUACCCACCAGUGGAGCAAAUAUUUUCAUUUUCUCAGCCAUCUGUUAAUGAAGAUGCUGUGGUCAACGCCCAGUUUGCAAGUCAAGGCGCCAGGGCAGGCUUCUUGAGAAGAGCUGACUCCCUGGCGAGCUCUACAGAAAUGGCCAUGUUUAGAAGGGUCAGUGAACCUCACGAGCUAACUCCGAGUGAUAGGUAUGGCCGACCUCCGUAUAGGGGUGGUCUGGAUCGCCAAAGCAGCGUUUCAGUGACUGAGUCCCAGUUCCUGAAACGGAAUGGCAGGUAUGAAGAUGAACACCCUUCAUAUCAAGAAGUGAAAGCUCAGGCGGGAAGUUUUCCAGUUAAAAACCUUACCCAAAGGAGGCCAUUGUCUGCAAGAAGCUACAGUACAGAGAGUUACGGUGCCUCCCAAACCAGGCCAGUUUCAGCUAGGCCUACUAUGGCAGCUCUUUUGGAAAAAAUACCAUCUGACUAUAACUUGGGUAACUAUGGUGACAAGCCAUCAGAUAACAGUGAUAUAAAGACGAGGCCCACUCCUGUCAAGGGAGAGGAGAGCUGUGGUAAAAUGCCUGCAGACUGGAGACAACAGCUGCUUAGACAUAUAGAAGCUAGAAGGUUAGACAGGACCCCGUCCCAGCAAAGCAACAUUUUAGACAAUGGACAAGAAGAUGUAUCUCCUAGUGGCCAAUGGAAUCCUUAUCCUCUUGGGAGGCGGGAUGUACCUCCGGACACCAUUACUAAAAAGGCAGGCAGCCACAUCCAGACCUUGAUGGGCUCCCAAAGCCUUCAGCAUCGUAGUCGGGAGCAGCAGCCAUAUGAGGGAAACAUAAACAAAGUGACCAUCCAGCAAUUUCAGUCACCAUUGCCCAUUCAGAUCCCCUCUUCACAGGCCACUCGGGGACCUCAGCCUGGACGGUGCUUAAUUCAAACUAAAGGGCAAAGGAGUAUGGAUGGAUAUCCAGAGCAGUUUUGUGUGAGAAUAGAAAAGAAUCCUGGCCUUGGAUUUAGUAUCAGUGGUGGAAUUAGUGGACAAGGAAAUCCAUUUAAACCUUCUGACAAGGGUAUCUUUGUUACUAGGGUUCAACCUGAUGGACCAGCAUCCAACCUGCUACAGCCUGGUGAUAAAAUCCUUCAGGCCAAUGGACAUAGUUUUGUACAUAUGGAACAUGAAAAAGCUGUAUUACUACUGAAGAGUUUCCAGAAUACAGUAGACCUAGUUAUUCAACGUGAGCUUACUGUCUAAAUAUUUUUUAUAAAUAGUGAAGAUACGUCUAGCCAGACCUAAUGUUCAAAUAAAUUUAUACAUAGAAACAAAUUUUGCCAAUUGCUGGACCAAUGGCAAACAUUAGUGCCAAAUGUAUAAUAUUAUAAUGUUAGCACUGAUCAUCCUUAAAAAUGUUAACUAUAUAAAUAUGAUGUUCAUGUGGUUAUGUAUUAGUUUUAAUUGUCAGCCUCUGGCUGUGCAUUGGUGCAGUUUUGGUUUUGAUUUUGUUUUUUUUUAAUUGAAUAAGUUUCUUCUCAAAGUGGAUUUCAUAUAAUUUCGGAGCACGGAAGCACACACAAGCUCUUUAUGAAUUCUGCUCUCCAUCAGAAACACUGCCUCAAAAUUGUAUAUGCCUUUAUAUAGAAAAUACAAAUAUAAAGAAUUGUAAUUCCCAUAAAAUAUUUCUAGCACAAAGUAUAUGUUGGCAUAUAAACAAAAAGAAUAUAGAUUAAAAAAACAAUAUUUUCAUAAAUUAAACAUCUCGGAUUGAGAAAGAAAAUAUAUCUUAAAAUAAGACUUUACUAUAUUGAAUCUUUUUCAAUAAAAAUUACAAGAUAAUGCCUUAUGAAAGUAACUGUACAUAUGGUCUAAAGUGUUUAUAUUUGGUUCCAUAUUCAUUUGCUAAAUUCUCAUAACACAGAGUGAAAUAUUCCAUCAGUUAGCCAUUUACCUCUGGGACCUGAAUAAAAGAUAGAACAACCUAAUUUGUUCAAUGCCUUUAGCUAAUUACAAUACAGACAGAGUUAAGAAACAGACUAAAGGUCAUUGUAGAUAAAUCUUUUUCACCACAAAUGUAAGCAGUGAAUGAUGGGUGGCAGCAAGGUGUUGCUUUAUUUCCUUCAAGUUUAUGUUGAUUAUAUACUGUAGCCCUGUGAUUUCUUUACUUGUAAAUGUGGAAUUUAUUUGUGUGUUGCUUUAUCCAAUUUGCUACUUUUAAAUCAUUUUAAAUGAGUUUGGGGUAUUGAUAAAAUUUAUCAUUAAGAAAGACUAUUGUUAGAAAGUUAUGGGGGUGAUAAAAUAAACUUUGGUAUUUAAAUAUGAAACUUCAAAUAUAAUUUCUCAGAGCCAUGGUCUAUCUGUAUUACUAAUUUCCAUGCCCACCUUGGAGGGCAAAGUAGAGAAAAUAUCUUUUUUCCCCCCAAAGUUGCAAAGUACAUAUAAUCUUAAAUUUUGUCUCACUGAAGAGAAAGAUAAGAUAAUCAUUAAUAUAGAAUUAGUUAUUUUUACAUUGGAAAUGUUUUCCUUUACAAAUGGUCAA